AUGGCGCCUGCCGUUCUGACUCAGCGCCCAAGGAUACUCUGUCUGGACGCCUACGACUCUUUUUCCAACAACAUUGUCGCGCUGGUCGAGCAGAAUGUAGACGCGGAAAUCAUCAAAAUCUUCAUCGAUGAUCCUGUUCUUGCGAAGCCAUCAGCCUCUGGGGAGUUCACAGCGUUUACGGACUAUUUGAAGAGCUUUGAUGCCGUCAUUGCAGGGCCGGGACCUGGCUGGGCGAAAUGUGACGAAGAUGUUGGUCUAAUGAAAGAACUCUGGAAACUUCGGGAUGAGCAGAUCAUUCCAGUGCUCGGUAUAUGUCUUGGAUUCCAGUCGCUAUGCCUUGCAUUUGGAGCCGAUAUUGAACGGCUCGCGGAACCAAAGCACGGUAUCAUAACGGCCGUCCUACACAAGAGCCAGUCAAUAUUCCGCGGUGUGGAGAGUCUUUUAGCAACGCAGUACCACUCUUUGCAAGUCAAACUCGAUCACCCCAUACAGAACAAGCGCGCUGUACGGUAUCCUGCACAGCUUUGGGAACCCACCGAGACCUGCCCUCAGUUGGAGCCGUUGGCGUGGGAUUUUGAUAGCGAUCUCAACGGUGCCGUUCUCAUGGGCAUCAAACAUUUGCAGAAGCCGUUCUGGGGAGUUCAAUUUCAUCCAGAGUCGAUAUGUACAAACGACGAGGGCAAGCGCAUCAUCCGGAAUUGGUGGGAGGACGCCCAAGCCUGGAACCGGAAGCGCAUGUUCAGGAACGUCCCCAAGCAUAGUCUGACAUCCAACGUGCCGUCUUUGCCGAUGACUGCUGAGGAUUUCCGACGAGAAUUGGGGAUCUACGGCACAAAGAAACAGAGCAAACGCUCUUAUACCGAUUUCGUCGCAAAGCUUGAUAGCGACACUAUCACACCGUUCGAGCUGGCCUCGCUCAUUGCGCAUGGGGACGGGCAGUCACUACCGGAUCUACCACCGAGCACUGUGCAUUGUGCGACCACGGGAAGUGGACGACUUACCGUUGCGGAUGCUUGUGAGCUCUUCGAGUUAUCAAGAGGCGAAGCCAUAGUGUUAGAAUCGGGACUGCAAUCGAACCUCGUACCAAUGGCUGUGGGAACAGGCAGGUACAGCAUUAUUGGUGUCGUCAUCCCAGAAGAGACUCUGCGCCUACAUUACUACGCUGGCACCCGCAGAAUGGAGCUCAGGGAUGGUAAAGACAAAGUACAUACAGACUGGACCGUGGCCGACCCUUGGCCCUACGUACGAGAAGUCAUGAAGAGUCUCCAGCCCUCGACUCCGCCACAGGGUUCAACAUGGGCUCCUUUCUGGGGAGGUCUGAUGGGAUAUGCAUCUUACGAGGCUGGUCUAGAAACAAUUGACGUCAACGGCCACGAAGAAGCCUCAUAUCCAGACAUCUGCUUCGCCUACAUAACAAGGAGUAUUGUCUUUGACCACCAGAUCAAAAAGAUCUACGUUCAAAGUAUUCGCGGUCCCUGUGACCAAGAUUGGGUCAUCAACACAAUAGAGAGACUGUAUGAGCAUGCAGGCUUCAAAUCACGAGAGACCACCCCGAAUUCUGCCGCAAUGAGGCAGGUCGAUCCUUUCGAGACGCAUGGCACCAUGCACCAGUAUAUUGAGUCAUGCCAUCAGCUCACCGCUGGCGAAGACGACUACUGCGAUAAAGUCAGAGCCUGCAAAGACUCGAUAGCAGACGGCCAGAGCUACGAGCUGUGUCUGACGACUCGCAACGAGGUUCGCGCUCGCAAGCCUACAGCGUGCAGAAUAUCCCACUCCGAGGAUAAUGAACACUCCUGGAACCUCUACAAACGCCUAACUGGUCAAAAUCCCGCGCCAUUCAGCGCCUACAUGAGGAUGCACAAUGUACAUUUACUGUGCUCCUCGCCAGAGCGGUACAUAAGCUGGGACCGAUCGCAAACUGCGCAAUGCCGGCCGAUCAAAGGAACAGUGCAGAAGAAACCUGGUGUAACUGCCGAGAUGGCCCAUGACAUCCUCUCAUCGUCUAAGGAACGCGCAGAAAAUCUCAUGAUUGUCGAUCUUACCCGCCAUCAACUUCACGGUGUCUACGGCUCCGAAAAUGUCCGAGUGAGCCAGCUCAUGGAAGUGGAAGAAUACGAAACACUGUGGCAACUAGUAUCAGUCGUCGAUGCAGUACCCAGCGGAAUCUACAAGCCUACCACCCCGGAAGAUUGGGAAGACCCUGUGGAGUACGCUUCCAAAAAGCCAACGAAACAUUCUGUUCCAUACCUAGGGUUCGACGCAUUCGUUGAGAGUCUACCACCAGGAAGUAUGACUGGGGCGCCCAAGAAACGCUCAUGCGAAAUCCUUCAAAAUGUGGAGAGCGGCGUGAGACGAGGCAUAUACUCAGGUGUUCUCGGAUACCUUGACGUCGGAGGAGGCGGCGACUUCAACGUUGUCAUUCGUACCGCUAUCAAGAUCGACGACGAUCAGGAUGAGGACAAGGAAGACGUCUGGCGCAUCGGUGCUGGCGGGGCAGUCACAAGUCAGAGCACUCCACAAGGCGAAUUUGAGGAGAUGAUCGCCAAGUUCGGCAGCACGAACAGAGCUUUCAUGCCAUUGCCACCACCAAAGCCAAAGACAAAGGGCAGAAGGGUUGAGAUCAUCGAGCCUGAUGACCCUGAAUUUGCGGAGCUGUUGGCGAGCAUGAGGGGUGGAGAGGAAUUGACGCUCGACGAUGCGCAGCUUAUGUUGAGGGCUGUGGAACGCGAGCUCAGAAGACGGAAUGCUGCAGGUGAUACGGCAGGCUUUAUUCCAGAUGGAGAAUGA